AACCAGCUCCAGGUGAAGACUGAAGCUGAACUGAGAUCAGUUAAAAACACUCUGAAGUUAUUAAAAACCAGAGUUUAUCUCCAAUAUUCAGCAGGAAACUGUUAAAAAAAAAGUGUAAAAAUAUACUUGUAAUGAUGAAGAUUUUGUGAUCCAAGUAAUUUCUGAUAUUAUAAAUGUAAACAGGAUUUCUCUUUCUACAGUGGAAGAGAAAACUGAAUCUAUACAAUAAGUGUCUAUGCUUUUAAUUUACAGAAGAUUCGUAUAUGACACAAUUACACAAGAGUUAAAGUAAGUGAUCUUUAUUGAGAAUCUUAGCAGUACUUUCUUAACAAUGUCAAUAAACAAGGUAAUAAAAUCAAUAAAAAGAUUUUUAAUCAAGAUUUUUAUUUCUGUGGCACAUUCUUGGGGCAUCAGAGAAUGAUGAAUAUCAAGUAAAUGAUAAACAUUUUAAUUAAAGUGCAUUAGGCUAUGGAUUAUUAAUAGGAGUCAUUUUCUAAAUACAUUUUCACCUGUUUCUCAUGGAAUAAAGCAUGAAUCUAGAUUUAGUUUCAAACCCUGGCAGACUUUGUGGACUGAUAUCGGUGAAUGUUUGCAAUUUGAUGCGCAUCCAAAUGAAAAUCUAGUGCAUUUAAACAUAGUCUCAUUUGGGGACUGUUGCCAUUAGUUCUGCUUCACCCUGAUACUUUAAUUGAUCCUCUGAUAAGACUUGCAUCUCCAUUUGUGUCCUUGAUAAACUUUACAAUGCUGCGGUUGCCAAGGUCCAGUUGAAACUGAAUCUCUGUGACCCUGCAGCUAUAAAUAACUGCCUGUUUACGCAGUGAGGAAAGUUGUGUCUGGACGAGAGAGAAGAGUUGAGGGUGCAUGAGAAAAAGAUUUGCGAAGGGACAGAAAGCAAAUCUGUAAAUCAGUAGUAAGGUGUGUCUGUAUGUCAGCUUUUAUAAAUACCACAGAGACGCCAAGUUAAAUCUCCUUCCUGAGAUGGAGUUCAGCAGACAUAACCUGCCGAUGGAUUGGGAAGAGCGGUGGAGGAAAGAAAAGGAGAGGAGGAAACGAGUGAUUGAAGAGGGCGGAGAAGGGAUGAAGCAGGAGAACCGCGAGCUGAGGAGGAUCGUGGCUUACAAUGACUCCAGGAUGGGUCUAUCGACACGAGGGGGUGAGACAGAAGGGUCAGAGGUCGGAGUAAUACGUCCUCGUCCGGAGGGAAUCGGGGAGCGUAGGAGCGAGGAGGCAUUCAGGGAUGAAGGACGUGGGGAUAACGUCCAUAUUUACCACAGUGAAAGCUCUUCCAAAGAGAUGUUCAGGGCCCUGAAGGAACUCUGGGAUUCAUCUCUUCUCACAGACCUGACUCUAAACACUGAGAAUGGGAGCAGCCUCCACGUGCACUCCCCUGUCCUGGCUGCCGUCAGCUCCGUCCUCCUGCAGAGACUGAGGGACACACGUGGAGAACAUACAGAUGAGGAUGGAGGUUUCCAUAGGUGGUCGGUGUCACUGGGUUCUGAGGUUGAUCCUGUUGGGCUUCAGGCAGUUGUGGAGUUUGCCUACACUGGGGUAAUAUCUCCUUUAAACAAAGACACCACGGCAAACGUCAAGGCUGCAGCUCAAGCACUGGGGGUCGCUAGAGUGCUGGAAAUCUGCAACGAAGAGGAGGGGACGAGGGAAGAUGGAAGAGCCAAGAAGGAAGAGCGAAAGAUCUCUGCUGUGGAUGAGAUGAAGAUUAGUCUUCGUUCUGUUGAACAGCUGUGGGCAGACAGAGUGGGCUGUGAUGUGAUUUUGGAUGUUGACGGGACUUUACACCAUGUUCACAGAGUCAUCCUUGCAGCGAGCAGUGACUACUUCCGUGGCAUGUUCACCUGCGGAAUGAGGGAAUCCCAUCUGACCUGUGUUGCCCUUCCCUUCCUGGUAGCAUCUGACUUCCAGGCCCUUAUUGGCUGCUCCUACAGUGGGACCCUGUCGCUCAGCUGGGACUGUGUCUUCGAGAUCACCUGCACAGCUCUGCAGCUGCAGUUCCAGCCCGCCCUGUCGCUUUGCCUCGACUUCAUGCGGUGCGAAAUGGAGGCAGAGUCAUGUCUGGACAUUGCGUCUUUUGCGGAAGCCUAUGGGAUGUCAGAGCUCCUUGAAGAAGCCAAUGACUUUGUACUGAGGAACUUCUGGGAGGUGUCAUCCACGGCAAAGUUUCAGGACCUACCGGCGGAGAAGCUUCUAGAUUAUCUCAGCUGUGAUGGCCUGUGCGUGCCCUCGGAGCUGGCUGUAUUUCGAGCUGUAAUCUCAUGGAUUGAGGCCGAUCCUGAAGAGCGAUUGGGCCAAGCUGGCCGACUGAUGACCGCAGUCCGCUUUCCACUUAUGACGUUUCGAGAGUUCCGGGAGGUCAGGGCCAUUAACCUGCGCCUGGAGUGCUUCGGAAACAAAGAAGUGGAACUCUAUGGUUCAGCACUCAAGGAAUUUGGUUUCAGCCUUCCACAGCCCCAGGAUCAGUGGCGGGUCAGGCGACCCAAGGACGCCCUGGUUCUGGUCGGGGGAGACCAGCUGAACCCAGAUAUGGGUCAACGCAUACCAAGCAGGGAGCUGUGGUUUGCAAACUCCCUGCGCAGUGGCACCGGGUUGGUGAGGGAGAUGGAAUGGAGGAGGAUGGGUGAGAUGCCAGACAAGCCCAAGUUCAGGCAUGGAGUCACAGCAAUGGACGGAAAGCUGUAUGUGAUUGGAGGGUGUUACUUCUACGCUAAGGAUAAUAUAAUGAAAUCUGCCCAUAGUUACGAUCCUGUGCAGAACAGCUGGAAGAGGCUGGCAGACAUGCUGGAGUUCAGAAGUAACUUCUCAGUCGUGGCACUUGAGCGACGCCUUUACGCCGUCGGUGGAGAUAAAGAGAUCGACAGCAACGUGCACAGUGUUGAGAUGUACAACCCAGACACUGACUCCUGGAGCUUUGUCCAGCCCCUGGAUCGGACUCUGAGCGGCUCUGCUGUCACUGUCGUCGACGGAGGAAUCUUCGUUUCUGGAGGUUUCGACUGCAGGUAUGUGUGUCUGGCUUCCAUGUUCCUGUACCACCCACAGAGAGGAACCACCUACCUGGCGGACAUGGCCCAUGACCGGGCUCAGCACUGCAUGGAGGCCCUGCGAGGCCGUCUCUACGUCACCGGUGGAGUUUGUAACCUGAGGGCAUUUUACACCAAUCAACAAGCCUGUGAGGUGUUCGAUCCCGUGACCGACUCUUGGACUGCUUUGGCAUCCCUGCCUGUUCCCCAUGUGGGUGCAGCCUCCGCCGUCCUGGAAGAGAAGAUCUAUAUACUGGGUGGAUACUGCCAGGACGACUACAGUGAGUCUGGGCUGGUGCACCGGUUUGAUCCCUGCACACAGCGAUGGGAAAACAUGGGCAAACUUCCUGGGGCUGUUACUGACAUCCGGGCAUGUCUUCUCCGACUGCCUCAGCACUUUAGACACUAGUUGUUGGGUAUUUAAUCGGCUUC